AUGUCUCGCCGUCGAUCUCCACUCGUCUGGACGCCGUUCUGCGUGCCUGCGGCGGUCUCCUUCCUCGUGCUCCUGCAAGUCGCCUGCCCGCCAGCCGCCCUUGUCCAAGGAGCGUCUACUGACACGGAAGUGUACAUCGUAACACUCCGUUCCGCGCCCCCCAUUAUCGCGUACAACGGCGGAAUAAUGGGCUUCGCGCCCACCGCACCCGAAGCCGUCGCCGCCGCCGCCGCCGCCGCGGAGAGCAGCAUGGAGGACAGCGGUGACGACGACGGGGCGGGAAGUUCUUCCGAGAGUGCGGCUUCCGCCACCGGCGGUGGCGGAGGCGGCGGCGGCGCGACCGCUAGACCAGCCGGCGCACGUUCAACCAGCAACGGUGGCGGAUGGCUGGGAGGCGUGAAGGACCGGCUAGCCGACAAGGCCCGGGAUCAGAUCGGCUGGUUUCAAGGGCAGGCGAAGAAGAUGCGAAAUCGGUAUCGGCCGCGGCUGAACGUGCGAUCGCGCGCUGUGCGACAAUUCGCGGAGCUGCUGCGACUCCAGCAGCUGUCGGUUGCGACGUCUGCGAAGAUCCCUCAUUCGAAUCUUCUCUACAGCUUCAAGUACGCUUCGCACGGUUUCGCCGCGCGGUUGACGCCGCAGCAGGUUUCGCAACUUCGCCAGAACCCAGCGGUCGAGUCGAUUCGGCAAGACGUGCUGUUUCGGCCGCUGACCAACUACUCGCCCAACUUUUUGCAGCUGCCCGGAACCAUGUGGGCUUCCGCGGGCGGGCCGAAAAACGCCGGGGAGAAUGUGAUUAUCGGCGUGAUUGACACGGGGAUAUGGCCCGAGCACCCCUCGUUCUCCGCCGCAAAUACAAGCCGCUCGUUUUCCGCGCCUCCCGCGCGGUGGGCGGGGAGUUGCACGACGACGUCCGACUUCUCCGCGCGGCUGUGCACGAACAAGCUGAUCGGCGCGCAGGUGUUCAACGCGGGGUUCCGCCAGCGCUUCAAGGCGGAGAGCACCGUCGUGGACUACUCGUCCGCGCGCGACAGCAACGGCCACGGCACGUGGUGUGCGGGAGCGGCAGCGGGCAACAUAGUGCAAGCAGGCAAGCUGGGCACCGUCAGCGGCAUGGCGCCGCGCGCGCGUCUCGCAAUCUACAAGGUCGUGUGGACCAACAUGAACUCGGGCGGUUACCUCGCAACCAUGGUUGACAUCAAUGCAGCCGUCGACAAGGCCGUUGCUGACGGCGUGGACGUGAUUUCCAUCUCGCUGGGGGGAGCCGAUCCCAACGCCACGUAUUUCGACCACGUGAAUUAUCUCAACGUGAACAAGGCCGGCGUGUUUGUCGCGUUUGCGGCGGGGAACAGUGGAAGCCCGCCGUCGAGGGUUGUGUAUCGCACGAUUGACAACUUCUCGCCGUUCUACAUGACUGUUGGCGCCAGUUCAAUCGCUCGCAGGGGCACAUAUGAAAGCAGUGGAGAGUCCAACCUCCUGCGCAAACUGCUCCCAGGAAUGAACAGCCCCUUCGACAUUGCUCCAUCCUCCUCAUCCUCCUCAUCUGCUGGUGCGGAUGCUGCCGCUGCUGCUUCGGAUGCUUCCACUGCUCCUGCUGGCAGCAAAAGCGUGCUCGGUGGAACAGCAGGAGCGGUGGAGACUGGGGCGGAUGGAGAUUCAAAUUCCACUAGUACAGAUGAUGCCGCGACGUCGUCUCUGCAGGUCAUGUUUGUGGAGGCGCAGAAGGCUGCACGGACUCUCAAGCAGCGUGCAAACUGCAACCGAUUCCAAGCGCACAUGCGACGCGUUUUCCACGUGCCCCCACAGCCAAUCCUAACUGCUCCCGUGCCAAGGACCACUACACCAUCUCUGGCCCUCUGCCUUUCCAACCCACCAACCCACCCACUCACGCACUCGCCUUUCCCCUCCCUCCCUUCCCUCACCCUUUCCCCAUUCCCUCCUCCCUCUCACUCCAACUCCCCCCCUCCCCUCCAGGCGCGAAUCUGUGCACCUCUUUCCCUGAACCCCUCCAAGAUCUCCGGCAAGGUGGUUCUGUGCAACCGAGGGGGUUCAUCAAUCACAGCCAAGGCGUGGGAGGUGGCAGGCAAGGGCGGGUACGCCAUGAUAGUGCUCGAUCCGCUGGGUCUGCCCAAGGACCUCGGGUCUUUCAAGAUUGGCAGUCUCCCUGUUCGUCGCAUCGGCAUGAGGGAAACGGUUCAGCUCCGGUCGUUUAUGUCGGGCUCUAAGAAGUAA